AUGCAUCAUUCAUUUUUUUUUAAAAAUAUUCAAUGGCAACAUCGGUAUUUGCAUUGGCAAGCAUCUUCAAAACAUACGCUAUCAGUGUUUUUGUCUUCUAGUAAUCAUGGCGAAUCUAUAGAAACUAUGAAAGCUCGUCUUCUUUAUCAAAGUCGUAAAAGAGGUAUUUUAGAGACAGAUUUGUUAUUGUCCACAUUUGCAAAAAAAUAUUUGCCAUUAUUUAAAAGAGAAGAACUUGAAACAUAUGACAAGCUCUUGAAAGAAUCUGAUUUGGAUAUUUAUUCAUGGAUUAUUGGAAAAGCGGAAACACCUGAUAGAUGGAAUAAAAAUAGUCUUUUCCUUACUCUUAAAUCACACUGUCAAGAUAAGACUGUACUCAUUCGAAGAAUGCCAGAUCUUACUUGA